AUGCAUCGCUGUUUCCUCAUUCCAGAGAUCGUCUCUCUCAUCAUCGACACGGGUCCGCCAGGUAGCCCUCAGGAUACUUCUAGUCUCGCUAGGCUCGCAAGGACAAGCCGCGUAUUUCACAAUGUCUCCCUCGAUGUGCUCUGGUACGGUCAAUUCGGUCUCGCCAAUCUCAUCAAAUGUAUGCCUGCCGACUUGUGGACAGAGGAUGAUGGCAAAUUGUCAUUUACUAGGCCAUUGCUUGCUAGCGAUUUGGAGCGUUUCGAUUAUUAUGCGCACCGUAUACGGGCUUUGACUUUGUCUCGUUACGAAAAAAUUCCUUCACCUUGGAUAUCUCCAAACGUGACCGUUGGAUCAAAUGUUUUCAAAGCGUUAAGCCUCUUCCGAUUAUCCACUCCGCCUCUUCCCAACAUCACUCAACUUGGAUGGUCUGGAGGGAGCGCUUUCACGUACUGUAUCAUGUUCUUAGGGCCCAAACUUAACCUUCUGCAAGUUACAUCCACCAGGCCCAUCACCGCCCCAGCUCUCGCGUCCGUAUUAUCGCAUCUUAGGUAUCUUGCAGCGCCUCUGCAGUCCAUCUAUCUCAAUUUUCAGGACUGGUCGAACGAUUAUUCCAAACCGCUGGAGCAAAUCGCAGACUUCCCGGAUUUACGUACCUUUUCCUACACUUCAGGUGAACCACUCUCUGUGGAAAUCUUCGCUAUCCUAGGCCAGAUGCCUCAUCUCGAGAAUCUUGAACUGUGCCUUAAAACAAUUCCUCAGCCGUUAUACCCCCUUCCCGGGCCAGGUUCCCCACACUAUUUCCCAUUCACAGCACUCAAGGAAUUCUCACUAUCUACCUCCAGCAUCACCGUUUGCGUCACUGUGGUGAGUGCGCUGUCUCUCAGGAACAUCCGAAGCGUAUCCUUUGAUGUCCUCCAUGCCGCUUCCGUCGGGCAAUUAUUGGAAGUCGUCCAUGACCAUUGUUCUUGGGAAUCGCUCGAGAGCAUCCUCAUACAUACCAGUUUUAACGCCCGUAAGGGGCAUCCUUCCGACGAAGUUGUUGCACAAGCGUCUCUCCGAUCGUUAUACGACUUUCACAAGAUGAAAAAUCUCACGAUAAUGACGGAUAGCCCUCUAGAAAUGGAUAAUAGCGACUUGCAGGAUAUGGCAUCGUCAUGGCCUCAUCUGGAGGAGCUGUGUCUAAUCUACAAUCCGCUCGUGACUUCAUGGGAGCAGCACUCUGCCAUCACGCUGCAGGGCCUCGUCCCGUUGGUGAAGCAGUGUCCAACGCUCUCUGUGCUAUCCCUUCCGAUAGCCUUCACGGUUGGAGAUGGCUACACGCGGCUGAGGCCUGGGGGUGGACACUCGAACGACCGCGUCACACAGUUGCACUGUGGUGGCCGUUGCACUGCUGGCCCUGCACAAAUAGCGUCCUUCUUGUCCGAUCUCUUUCCUAACCUGCAGGAGAUUGCUGGAUACUACCCCGGAGAGUUGAAUGAUCCGAAAAAUCCUUGGCGGGAGAUCGAGGAAUACCUCCCUGGUUUUGCAGCCAUCCGGAAACAAGAGAGAAUCUCUCUUGAGGCACAAGGGAAGGUCGAAGAUGUCGUCUGA